CACGGGUGUGGAGCUGAUGAGGAUCCCGAUAGGCGGGUCACAUGGAUCCGUUUCGGUUUUCCAUGCAGGCAGGGUCCUGGAUAUAUGAAGACCAAAACCUUAAUGUCUGAAUUGAAGUCCAAAUAUGCUGAUAAAUCUUGGAAUGAGUCUCUUCAGCUGGUACGGAGAUGUAUGGAAAAAACAAGAGAUGGCAGAGUUUGUGAACCAAUCGCAAAAUGUCUGCAGAAGAUCAACGAGGCGCUCAAUGUGUCGUCUUCUGCAGCAAUGGUGUCCAGACUAGAGAUGAUCGCCAAACAAAGAGGUUUGGGGUCCCACCUGAGCCCCACAGAGACUGUGUGUUACCUGACCGCAGACCUGUUUUACAUUGAGGUGCUGCUGCUGCCAGGAGGACGAGUGGAGGAUGUGAGGGUUGCCCAUCACGGGGAAGCUCCUGUGUCCAGCCCGUCACUCCUUCAGCUGUUAAGGAUGAAAAAUUUUGAAGAGUUCUCCCUAAAGUUGGAUGAUCUUGCCUUAUUUUACAACAUCGCAGGAGACAGUGAUGUGAAGAUUAAAGUCUACAGCUCUCUUCGGCACCUGGAAACUGAUCUCUUCAAAAUAUCCCAUUUGCCAAGAUCUCUGAGAGAAAGUGACCUUCACAUUGACCUCAUUAUGAACGGCAGGAUUGGGAACGUGCAGUCUGGCAGAGAGGGCUCACCAAUGACCAUCGAGUACUACAUAAGUCCAGCAGAUGCUCUCAGGAGGUUCUCACGCACAGGAGAGGUCAGCGCAGGCCGUGUGGCUCUGGUGACUGCAGGCAGUACGGACUCCUCUCACAGACUGCAGAUGGAGUCUCUGAUCUCCUCUCCUCCUCAGGUCGACUCCUGCGGGUUUCCUGUGUUUCAGCCACUCACUGAGUCCUGUUCACAGCUCCUCCCUGCCACCUUUCUCCUCAGACUACAGCCGCCGUUACCAGUGCUUACAUCCUUCAUAGAGAAGAUGGCCAAGAUCACAGAUGGUGUUAUAGCAGAGAAACCCCUGCAGGUGGAGCCGCUACACAAACUACUCCUGAAGACCAGCAGAAAAUACAACUCCAACACAUCCUGCACAGACGGCCUGCAGUUUCUUGUGCCGCUGCCUGGCUCAGAGUGCCACAGUUAUGUGUUCCCCGGGGCCCAAUGGAGCUGCGGGUCUUGGAAUGGAGCCCUGAUGGAUGCGGUGCCAUUCUCACACCCGGGACACGUGCCUGCUUUACUGGAGAUCCUCCGUCAUCAGUCUGCCAUCAGCGUCCUGCUGGAGAGCUGCUUCAGCAAACACAGCCACAGCACGGAUGCAGCUUUACUGUGUGAGCUGACCUGUGAGGUGCUUCCAGAAUCAGACCACUGCUUUUCCAUCACAUUCAGCCUCCAUGAGAGCGAGCAUCUGGCUGUUCUUCAGGUGACGGUGGUGGACUCCCAUCAGAUGAGCUGCAAACUCCUCAUGCCUGAUUUUGUGGAUCAUCAACUGGAUGAAUACAUCUCCAGAGUCCUCAUGCGGUGCAUGUCCAUCCCCAUCACAUUGAGGGCUGUAUGCAGGAGAGUGUCCAGUCUGAGGACCCGUCCCGCACCAGAGUUGGACCCAGAUGAGUGUGAGUGUGUCCCCGCUGCAGUUCAGGAGGACAUCAGCGUUUCUCUUACUCCUGAUUUCUGUGAUAAAGCCAAUACAGAAGCAUUUGUUAACCCUUCCCCAUGUGCUUCUCUUGGUGUCUAUUCACACUGGGCCAACGCUGGACUUCCAGCAGAACUCAUGUAAACUCCUGCUUUUACUGUAGAGCUUAUUUCAGAUUUUAGACUCGUGUUAAAUAAAGGGAUCAUAUUUUAA